CCAAGUGCCACCACACACACACACACACUCACAUACACUCAGCACAUCCGAGUCAUCUCAGGGGCUCAGCAGGUUGUGUGUGUGAGAGUGUGUCCAUCUGCAUGUGUGUGUGUGAGGGAACUGGACUCAUCAAGACUGUGUUCCAGACCAGGAUGAAAACUGUGUUGGGACUUCUAGUGCUGCUGGCUGCAUCUACUCAUGGUCUGGACUCCAUGUGUAAUGCUACUCAGAAUGCUGCAUGUUAUGGGGCUCUGGGAGGACCUGUCUACCUGCAGCUGAUGAAGAACGCCAGUGGACAUGACCUGAGCCUCCAGUUAUACUGGGGAAAUAACAAACUCUUCAUAAUGAGAAAAUUAACACCGGUGUUCACUAAUCAAUCAUUUAGUGUGACGUGGCAGUUUGUUCCUGAUAACGGGACCAUGAUUAUAAACCCUGCAGAGACGAGAGACGCAGGAACAUACAGAGUCCAGAUCAUUGAGGAGGCAACAGGGAAAUCAGUGGGAGAUCACACAGUGCAGCUGAUUAUAGAAGCCCCUGUGUCUGGUGUGGACCUGUCAAUCAGCUGCUCAGCCAAUGGGGAGAGGAGUUUAAGGUGCUCCUCCAAUGGGGACAGUCCUCAGUACAGCUGGUCUCUGGAUGGGAGGCCCCUGGGUGAAGCUGAUGCUGAUCUCAGUUCAGAUAACCAGCCUCUCCUGCUGAGGGGGAAUGUGACUGGACAACUCACCUGCAGCGUCAGGAACCACGUCAGCAGCAAACACACCACCAGACUGAUGGAGCUCUGCUAUGGUGCCUCCACCACUGUGUCUGUCACACCAGCUAACCACACCCUCCCCUCUGCCCACACAGAGCGCCCAGUGUCAGUGAUUUAUGUGUCAUCCUUCCUGGUGUUCAUCCUUGUGUGUCUGUGUGUUGCUGCGUGGAUGUUCUACAUCUGGAGGAAAAGGAGAAAUACACACACACCAGUAAAGGAAGACCCUGAUGAUGUAGUGUAUGUCAAGGUGACUAGCAACACCAGAAGAUCAGACAUGCAAGGUGUGGAAGCCCAGGAGGUGGUGUAUUCUGAUGUUGCCACCGGCGAACAGGAGGAGCAGAUGCAAGAGCAGGAAGCCUCCAGCAGGUGA